CAUCUCUCUAUCCCUCUUCUUCUCUCCCAUUCUUCACCCAUCUUUCCAACAACAAUCUCAUCACAAUGUCUUGCUACAAGGGGAAAUAUGCCGAUGAGCUGAUUGCUAAUGCUACGUACAUUGGGACACCGGGAAAGGGGAUUCUCGCCGCCGACGAGUCCACCGGCACGAUCGGGAAGCGUUUGCAGAGCAUCAACACUGAGAAUAAUGAAGCCAACAGGAGAACUCUCCGGGAGCUGCUCUUCACCACUCCCGGUGCUCUUCAGUACCUCAGCGGUGUCAUCUUGUUCGAGGAAACCUUGUACCAGUCCACCUCUUCUGGCAAGAAAUUUGUUGAUCUCAUGAAGGAAGGCAACGUGCUUCCUGGAAUCAAGGUUGACAGCGGCGUGGUGGAGCUCCCCGGAACCAACGGCGAGACGACGACCCAGGGUCUCGACGGGCUAGCCCAACGGUGCCAGAAGUACUACGAGGCUGGAGCCCGGUUCGCGAAAUGGCGAGCGGUUCUCAAGAUCGGCACCAACGAGCCGACUCAGCUUUCCAUCAACGAGAACGCCAACGGCCUCGCGCGCUACGCCAUAAUCUGCCAGCAAAACGGGCUGGUCCCGAUCGUGGAGCCGGAGAUCCUCGUCGACGGGCCCCACGACAUCGAGAAAUGCGCCGACGUCACCGAGCGCGUCCUCGCCGCCUGCUAUAAAGCCCUCAACGACCACCACGUCCUCCUCGAAGGCACCCUCUUGAAGCCCAACAUGGUGACGCCGGGAUCCGACUGCAAAAACCGCGUCAAGGCGGAAGUGAUCGCGGAGUACACGGUGCGGGCGUUGCAGCGCACGAUGCCGGCGGCCGUCCCCGCGGUGGUUUUCCUGUCCGGCGGGCAGAGCGAGGAGGAGGCGACGGUGAACCUGAACGCCAUGAAUAAACUGAAGACUAAGAAGCCAUGGAACCUUACGUUCUCCUAUGGCCGCGCUCUGCAACAGAGUACUCUCAAGGCUUGGGGUGGAAAGCAGGAGAACUACAAGGCGGCGCAGGAUGUUUUCCUGGCCAGAUGCAAAGCUAACUCCGAGGCCACCCUCGGAACUUAUGCCGGCUCCGCAAACCUCGCCGCCGGCGCUUCCGAGAGCCUCCAUGAAAAGGAUUACAAGUACUAAGACUAAUUCCGAAUCAGCAUGGGAGUGUUUAAUUUAUUACUAUCUAGGAUUUUUUUUAAAAAAUAAAGUUUCUAUCCAACCCCACCCCAUCCCCAGAUGCUUUGUCGGGUCAGGGUGUGAGGGUUCUUGGGUUUAGAAUUCAACUUUAGGGAAGAAUAAAUCUUGAAUAACAUUGAUGUUUUGUUUGAAAUUCAAUGAUUUUUUAAUAAGAUUAUGAAUUUUAGUCCGUGAU